UUCCUCUUCACAUUGAAGCUUUUAUUUUUCUUAUAGGUUUCGUGUCCUCCAAGUGGUUCUUUCUUCUCAAAGGUCUUUAAACGAAAACGCGCAAAAUCAACUUUUUGACGUUCUUGCUUUAUAUUGACGGUUUCUUACUUAAAUUCCCCGACAAAUGUCUUUCUCUUUUUCUAGCUUCAUCUUCGUCUUCUUUCACUUUCUCACUCUCAUUUCUUAAACCCUUUUUCACUUUCGGUGUCUAGGUUUGGAUUUUAUCUUCCAAGCUCCUACAAACUUAACUCGUUCUUCAAGAUUCCAGCAUAAAGACUCAACCUAUCUCUGUUUUUUCUUCUCUUGAAUUGCUUUUGGGUUUCAUCAGAAGUUAAAGGAAAUGGCCGGUGGUGGUGGAGGAGGAGGAGGGGUAGCGCCGCCGCUAAAACAUGAUGGGCUUGAGCCACAUCCGGUGAAAGAUCAACUUUCUUCUAUCUCUUAUUGCAUCACAAGUCCUCCUCCUUGGCCGGAGGCAAUACUUUUGGGGUUUCAGCAUUACUUAGUGAUGCUUGGAACAACUGUUCUCAUCCCAACAUAUUUAGUUCCACAGAUGGGUGGUGGAAAUGAAGAGAAGGCAAAGAUGGUUCAGACAUUACUUUUUGUUUCUGGACUUAAUACUUUAUUGCAAAGUUUCUUUGGGACUAGACUUCCAGCGGUCAUUGGAGGCUCUUACACCUAUGUACCAACCACGCUUUCCAUCAUCUUGGCUGGUCGGUACAGCGACAUUUUGGAUCCUCAGGAGAAAUUUAAGAGGAUCAUGCGAGGAAUCCAGGGUGCUCUUAUCGUUGCCUCGAUUCUUCAGAUCGUUGUUGGCUUCAGCGGGCUUUGGCGCAAUGUAGUUAGGCUCCUGAGUCCUCUCUCUGCAGUUCCUCUAGUAGCACUAGCUGGUUUUGGACUUUAUGAGCACGGUUUCCCUCUGCUAGCCAAAUGCAUCGAGAUUGGACUGCCUGAGAUCAUCCUUCUACUCUUAUUCUCACAGUACAUUCCUCAUCUCAUUCGAGGAGAAAGACAAGUCUUCCAUCGAUUUGCUGUGAUUUUCUCUGUGGUUAUUGUCUGGAUUUACGCGCAUCUACUUACCGUUGGUGGAGCCUAUAAGAACACAGGAGUCAACACUCAGACAAGUUGUAGAACAGAUCGUUCUGGCCUUAUUAGCGGCUCUCCAUGGAUAAGAGUUCCUUACCCUUUUCAAUGGGGACCUCCAACAUUUCAUGCCGGUGAAGCUUUCGCUAUGAUGGCUGUUUCAUUUGUUUCCCUAAUUGAGUCCACAGGGACUUACAUUGUUGUGUCGAGGUUCGCAAGCGCAACUCCGCCCCCGCCUUCCGUUCUCAGCCGUGGGGUUGGUUGGCAGGGUGUAGGAGUUCUUCUCUGUGGACUAUUUGGAGCAGGAAAUGGAGCAUCUGUGUCAGUAGAAAAUGCCGGUUUGUUAGCGCUAACACGCGUUGGUAGUAGAAGGGUAGUUCAAAUAUCAGCCGGUUUUAUGAUUUUCUUUUCCAUUCUUGGUAAAUUUGGAGCUAUCUUUGCUUCGAUUCCAGCUCCAGUAGUCGCAGCAUUACAUUGCUUGUUUUUUGCAUACGUUGGUGCUGGUGGUCUAAGCUUACUUCAGUUCUGUAAUCUAAACAGCUUCAGAACAAAAUUCAUCCUCGGAUUCUCGGUCUUCAUGGGCUUAUCGAUACCACAGUACUUCAACCAGUAUACAGCUGUUAACAAGUAUGGACCAGUUCACACACACGCAAGAUGGUUCAAUGAUAUGAUCAAUGUUCCAUUCUCUUCUAAAGCCUUUGUGGCUGGGAUUUUGGCAUUCUUUCUUGAUGUAACAAUGUCAUCUAAAGACAGUGCGACGAGGAAAGACCGAGGGAUGUUUUGGUGGGAUCGAUUCAUGUCGUUCAAAUCAGAUACUAGAAGUGAAGAGUUUUACUCUUUGCCUUUCAAUCUCAACAAGUAUUUUCCCUCUGUGUGAUCAAUGAAAAUUAUGCUGAAAGUGUUCAUUGGCUUGGCACUGACUCUACUCUUAUGUAUAACAUUUUGUGUCAAAUAUAACUCUGUUUUCUCAAACUGUAUCCCGUUUAGUUACUUUGGUAAUGUACUUCUUUGUGGUGUGUGCCUGUUUUCAGCGUAGGGCACUUUGCACAGCUUGCCGUUUCAGAUUGAUGUUAUUUGACAUUUCUAGCUGGAAUUUUUUCUUUCUCUAGAAUACAAAGGAGGAUCUAGAGAAUAUACACUAGAGAUUUACAUAAGAAGAUAUGGAAGUUUAACAUUUAUCUAUUACUCCAACAAGCAGC